UUAAUUGUUACUUGUUUCUAAACGGGUUUUGGACAAUUUGCAAGUAAAUUAUUAUAAAACAAUAAUUAUUGAAGUUUCAUUUCAGAACUCAAGUCUACCUAGUCUACCCCUCGCAGUGAGUAGACAAGUAGAUUUUCACUGAUUGAACUCUAGUCAUGUUGAGUAGACUAGUAGAUAAUGUAGAAGAGCGUGGACUAGUUCUACUGAAUCUACAAGGGAUUUAUCUACCGGAAGCAGAUAUUAUCAAUUUAUUCACAAACAAUGCUAAAUUAGGAAACCUACGCUUAGUCUUAACGGACCGGGGAGACCAAACCAAAUGUGAAACUGUCAUCGAUGUUUUUGAAAAAAUAAGUUUCGACUCUCCAAACCUAGAAGAAGUUGUUGGAAAGUUUACCAAAACUGAUACUGUGGUCAUAAAAUCUCUGACAGGGUUGUUGCAAUUAUUCCCUGUGGUAUCAGUAGCCCGGUGGUUGCAUCAUCUGUGUGGUGAGGUGUGUGGUGUGGUUGGUGUGGUGCAUAGCGAGGGUGUUGAUGAGGAGGUGCUUGAUCAGAUCUCUAGACUAUCAACCUCAUUUAUAUCUAUCCAACCUUACAGCGGGGAUACUAACCUUUGCUCAAUUCUUCAUAGGAAGCCUGGAGGUAAGAUCCAGAGAAGUAAAGAACUUUUCCGGAUAAAAUCCGGAGUUUUGAAAGUUGAAAAGUUCACUGUAAAGGAAACUAAAGAACCAGAGGAAGAUCAAAUUGUUAAGGCACUGACAACGUUCAAAAUAGGAACCAGUUCAAUUGAGGAAAAAACAAAACAAGAACUGGUUCUUCCCUUCUUCACCGCGGAUCAAAAGAAAGGAGCAGAAGGUGAAGUUCGGAUUCCUGGAGUAAAAAAUAAGAUCUACUACGAACCUGACUCCGGAGAUGAUUGGGACGAUGAGGAUCCUGAUGAGGAUCUAGAUCUUUAGAUCUCUUGAUCUCUUGAUUUUUCUCGCUGAGAGAUUACUAGACCUAUCCCUAGAUCUAUAUGUCCACACCCAAAUACUAAAGAUUUUGAACAAGUAAAAAACAUAACGUUAUCAAAAUCAGUGAUAUUAAAACAUCAAUGUACAUUUUGUGAUUAUGAAUAUUACAUAACAAAUAAAUAUUGUGAUAUUA